AUGAUGCAUUCUAUAUUUUGGCCAGGCAGAGUGCUAUCACGUGCUAUUAGAAAUGGACUGUCAAGUUUUUCUAACGCUGCUGAGUUAAACGUUUCAACAAAGAAACAUCCCUAUUUAGUAUCAGUGGUUUGUGGAUUUCCUAAAGACAUAGCUAAUGGGCGAUCCCAUAAAGGACAAUUUGGAGACGACGCAUGGUUUUCCACGAAUUUCAACAAUGCAGAUGUCAUUGGAGUUGCUGAUGGUGUGGGAGGCUGGCGUGCAUAUGGCAUUGACCCUGGAGAGUUCUCAUCAUAUCUCAUGAGGACAUGCGAGAGAUUGGUCAGGAUGGGCCACUUUAAGAUGUCUGAGCCCGGAGACUUAUUGGCCAAGUCUUACUAUGAACUUCUAGAACAUAAAAAACCUAUACUAGGUAGCAGCACAGCAUGUGUAAUGAUUCUAGACCGUAAUGAAAGUAUAAUGCGGGCGGCCAACAUUGGUGACAGUGGGUUUAUGGUGGUGCGAGGAGGUAGAGUGGUGCAUCGCUCUCAUGAACAGCAGCAUUACUUCAACACACCAUACCAGCUAAGCUUACCACCACCCGGACAUGACAGAAAUGUGCUUAGUGAUAGGCCUGAAUCAGCUGAGACCGCUGAAUUUAAAGUCGAAUGCGGCGAUGUUAUCCUCGUGGCUACAGACGGUGUGUUCGACAACGUGCCGGAGCCCGUACUAGUGGCGGAGAUGAGGCGUGCGGGGGAGGGGGCCGCGGGGGACGGGGUCAAGCUACAGGGAGUCGCUAAUUCCAUAGCCUGGAUGGCACGCAACUUGUCCUUCGACGGCUGCUAUAUGUCACCGUUCGCAAAGAGCGCGAGGCAGAAUGGCAUUGACGCUAUAGGUGGCAAGCCAGACGACAUAACGGUGCUACUAGCGAUCGUAGCGCUAUGA